CAAUGACUUUUCUUGCUCUCAAAUAAAUAAAUAAAAGAGUACUUCACUUUCGACUUUCGCCAUCACCUCCAGCGAUUCAACUUGCAAUAAGAAAAGCUCGUCUUUGAUCGUCGCUUCGUUUAAGCUACAUCUAAAGUUCCUUUGAUAUUUCGUUAUUAAUUAAUUUCCGGUUUACGUUAGUCGGAAGCGAUGCCUUCAGCCGCGUCGCAGCAGUGGCAAGAGAAGGCUAGCGGUUUCAUUUCUUCGUCAGGGGUGAAGCUGAAGGAAGCUAGCCAAACGGCCGGAACGUUUGUCGGAGAAGUUGCCAAGGAUGCCAAAGGCAACGUUGCUGACGUGGCGGAACGAGUCGGUUCCAUGGUCAAAAGCCGAUGGGCGAUUCUCCGGCAGCCGGCGACUAGACAUGCUGUACAGGAGAGUCUUAUAACGGCUGCUGCAACGACUGGAACCUUUCUGAGGAAAGGCAUCACCGGGACUAAAGAUAAGGUUGUUGUUGGGAAAACAAAAGUUGAAGAGGUGGCAAAAAAGACUGCACAGAAAAGCAAGAUAAUUUUGACUGACAUAGAACGAUGGCAGAAGGGUGUUGCUAGCACUGAUGUGUUUGGAGUUCCUAUUGAGGUUACUGUGCAACGGCAACAAUCCAGCAAGCCCAUUCCUCUUAUAUUGGUGAAAUGUGCAGAUUUUCUCGUAUUAUCAGGUCUAAAUUCUCAAUACUUGUUUAAAGCUGAAGGAGAUAAAAAGGUCAUUGAGCUAUUGGUUUCUGCAUACAACCAAGAUUUCAAUGUCUCAAUACCUGAGGGUGUGAAUCCAAUUGAUCUAGCAGCUUUAACCAAAUAUUACAUUGCUAGUCUUCCUGUGCCACUCACUACCUUUGAGCUUUAUAAUGAGAUCAAAGGUGCCCGUUCUAGCAUUCAUGCUAUGAGAAACGUAUUAAAGAAGCUUCCUAGUGUAAACUACAUGACUCUUGAGUUCAUCACUGCAUUGCUGCUUCGUGUUAGCCAGAAAUCAGUCCUUAACAAGAUGGAUGCCCGAAGCCUUGCCAUGGAAAUGGCACCUGUUAUUAUGUGGCAGAAGGGUCAGAAACCAGAAUCUUAUAGGAAAUACUGGAGUCAUCCAACCAAAAGUCCUUCCAAGGGUAGCAUGGAUUCGACCCCUGCUUAUAGUGCAUGGGACAUGCUUGCUGAUGAUGGAGAAGAUAUGGAUGCUUCCUCCCCCAUUCCUUUGGAUGAUGGGAUGCUAGUUGAUUUUGGUGCCAUUGAGGUUAUUCAAUGCCUCAUAGAACAACACAAUCCCAUAUUUACAGAUGCUAAUGAGACAGUCUGGAGAUGAUCGAGUUGAACCUCUAUCCUUAUGCCGCGUGCCCAGCGAAAUCAAUUAUCUCUUGGGAUGAAAUUUCAAAAUUUUGGUCCAGAUGAUUGUUAUGCAGUAGUGGAUAUUUUGUUGGCUGCCAAACCUGGGAACACACUUGCAUGUGUGACUGUACAUUUUAGACAUUAGGGAGUUUCUUUCUAGUACACUAGUAUUUGGAGAAAUAUUGUCUAUUUUGUGGAAAUGACUAACCCUAGAGCAACUGCUUUGAAUGGAAGUUCUGGUUUGUUAUCUACAGCUUUAUUACUAGGGGGAAUGUCCAUUGGACAUUCAGUAAGUGAAUAUAGUAGGCAAAUGCACUCUGGAUUUGAUCCACCGGAUUGGACUCUAAUGGUCCUCUAUAGAGGAUGGUGGUUUUAAGGCUGUAUG